UCCCGCUCAGUUCCUCCUUUUCGAGGUGUUUUAGAAACUCUGCCCAGCACACUCGUGCUGUGGGGCAGGGCUUAUUCGGAGAACGGUCUUAACUCCGUCCUGAGUCCGGCUCUCUUCGCCGCUGGCAGGAGGAGAAAUAGAAAAAGCUCCAAGGAAAAAUAAGGCGAUGGCGCCUCUCGACUGCCACACAGACUGCGUGGAGAGGCCCCUGUCGCGCGCGAUGCAUGCCCUGGGCGCCCUGGUGGGCGCGCACCCGUGGCCCUUCCUGCUCGUGCCCGUGGCGCUCUCGGCCGCUUUGGGCACCGGCUUCGGGUUCCUCAGCAGCCUGGAGGACAACGACAUCGAGCGCCAGUUCACGCCGGUCAAGGGCCCCGCCAAGAGCGAGCGGCGCUUCGUGCAGGCGCACUUCCCCACCGACGACGCGCAGCGCUUCUCCGCCGAGAGGCUGAGCACCGAGGGCUCCUUCGUCGCCUUCAUCGCCGUGGCCCGCGGCGGAGGCUCGCUCCUCACCCGGGAGGCCUUCGCCGAGCUGCUGGCGCUGGACAAGGCGGUGUGGGAGCUCCGCAGCCCCGACGGCGCCGCGCUCCCCUUCGCCCAGCUCUGCGCGCGAGGCAUCCCCGGCGACAACUGCAGCAGCCCCAACCCGCUGCUGAGCGCCGUGGGAGGCGACCCGGCCGGGAUAGAGGCGCUGCUGCCCGACCUCACCUUCCCGCUCUACAUACCUCCGAGCUUUCCCAAUCCCGUUUUCUUGGGCCACCUUCUGGGAGGCCUCGACUUGGCCCCCGGGGAUGGGCCGUCGCGCCCCGUCCGGGCAGCCAAAGCGCUGCGCCUCUUCUACUACUUGCAGGAGGAUGAGGCUUCUCGGAGAAACGACAGCGCGCUCUGGCUCCGGACGUUUCUGGAGCGCAUCCCGGGUGUGGUGAAAUCCUUGAACCUCGCAACCAUCCAGGUGGCUUAUUUUACUUCAGACUCCAGACAGGAAGAGUUUGAAAAAAAUACUAAGGAAGUGGUGCCUUUGUUUUCCAUCACGUAUACCUUAACAAUCACCUUCUCAAUUAUUACAUGCUCAAGGCUGGACUGUGUACGGACGAAAGUGUGGGUUGCAGCUUUUGGGGUGCUGUCAGCAGGCUUAUCUGUCGUCAGCAGCUUUGGAUUACUGCUCUUUUGUGGGGUGCCGUUUGUUGUCACAGUUGCAAAUUCACCAUUUCUUAUCCUUGGGGUUGGUGUUGAUGACAUGUUCAUCCUGGUGUCUUGCUGGCAGCAGACUAAAGUGAAGAACAGUGUCAAAGAUCGGAUGGCUGACACCUACAGAGAAGCAGCCGUGUCCAUUACCAUCACAACUCUCACGGACGUUUUAGCCUUCUACAUUGGAAUUGCAACUCCAUUCCAGUCCGUUCAGGCAUUUUGCAUCUAUACAGGAACAGCCUUUGUGUUCUGCUACUUAUAUAGCCUGACAUUCUUGGGGGCCAUUCUUGCUUUAAAUGGGAGACGAGAAGAAAGCAACAGACACUGGCUCACAUUCAUGAAAGUGAACAAUGAGCCCCAGGAUUCUCAGGGCAGCACAUAUAACAUGUGCUGUGUAGGAGGGUCGUUUGAUGAGUCCACUGGAGCAGAGACUGAACACCCCAUGAAUGGAUUAUUUAGAAAGUAUUAUGGUCCCUUCCUUAUGCACACCUGGACCAAGGUGCUUGUGGUAGUCCUUUAUCUCAUGUACUUGGGUAUUAGUAUUUUUGGCUGCACUCAAAUCCAAGAAGGUAUAGAUCUUCGAAAUCUAGCUAGUGAUAAUUCUUACGUCAUCCAGUAUUAUGAAUGGGAAAAGAAAUAUUUUUCAGAAUAUGGCCCAAGGGUUAUGGUUGUUGUUACUGAAAGCAAAGCUUAUUGGGAUUCAUCUGUCCGUGCAGAUAUUGAAAACUGCAUGAAUGCACUAGAAAGAUCAUCCUACAUCAACAAGAAUUUAUCAGUGUCCUGGUUGAGAACUUACGAAGAUGUCGCUAAACGUAUGUCUUUCAGUAUAGAUGACCGUAGGCUUUUCAUUGACAAUUUAUCCACCCUCCAUAGAAUUAAUCCAGACUUCAAGUGGGAUGUUAAUGUUAUUGGUACAGAAAUAUUAGCGUCACGUUUUUUCAUACAGACAGUCAAUGUUACUACUGCAGUGGAUGAGAAGAGUCUUUUAAAUGAGCUGAGAGGCCUUGCUGAGGGCUGCAAGGUACCAUUAAUGGUUUAUCAUCCAGCUUUUAUAUACUUUGAUCAAUAUAUUGUGAUCGUUCGGAACACGAUUCAAAAUGUUGUGAUUGCUGCUGGAGCCAUGCUGUUCAUUUCCUUACUACUCAUUCCCAAUCCUCUUUGUUCUUUGUGGGUAACCUUUGCUAUUGCCUCUGUUAUUGUCGGUGUAGCUGGUUUCAUGACCUUCUGGAAUGUGAAUCUCGAUUCCAUAUCCAUGAUCAACCUUGUAAUUUGCAUAGGGUUUUCAGUAGACUUCUCUGCCCAUAUUUCUUAUGCUUUUGUUGCCAGUGAGAAACACAACGUGAAUGACAAGGCUGUGGAUGCUCUGUACCGCCUUGGCUACCCUGUUGCGCAGGGAGCCAUUUCCACUAUCUUGGGAGUUAUUGUACUUUCCAUGGCAUCCUCUUACAUCUUCAGAACCUUUUUUAAGAUAAUGUUUCUGGUGAUCUUGUUUGGGGCUGUUCACGGUCUCAUUUUUAUUCCUGUGUUCUUAACUUUCUUCGGCUUUUGUAGUCAAAUGCCAAAUAGACAGUUUCCAGUCAGUGCCCAGAGCUCCAGUGCUGAAGGAGUUCCUUUGAAAGAUACAAAUACUGUAUUAUGAAACCGCCUAAUGUAAACAUGACAAUAUUGCAAUGAGAGCAGUUCGAUAAUGGAACUAAUUACCGAGAGGACGGGUGUGGGCUCUUCCUGGUGAGCAUUAAAGGUCCCCAUCCCUACUUUGCGGGCUGCCGUCUGAUUGGAUUUUACUUUGAUUCUGACUUGAUUUUAGGAUAUAGAAUGUAUUUUAAUUGAUUGCUUGAUUUUAUGGUAAUAUGCCAUGUAUUUGAUGUUAGCCUCUCUAAGCCCGGUUUUGGCCAGGGAGGGUGGGGUAUAAAUUAUUAUUAUUAUUAUUAUUAUUAUUAUUAUUAUUAUUUCUCAGUGUUAUCUCUCCCACCACUUGCGGGCCAACUUUGGAAAGUGAGCGGGACCACUGACAUCAUGAUUACAUCAGGUUGCCCUUUUGCCCACAUGGGUCUUGCAAAGCACUCCACCCCCAUCGUUCUGCCCGGACACUGAGGUCCAGCGCCGAGGGUCUUCUGGCAGUUCCCUCGCUACGAGAAGCCAAGUUACAGGGAACCAGGCAGAGGGCCUUCUCGGUAGUGGCACCCACCCUGUGGAAUGCCCUCCCACCAGAGGUCAAAGAGAACAACAAUUACCAGACCUUUAGAAGGCAUCUCAAGGCAGCCCUGUUUAGGGAAGCUUUUAAUGUUUGAUUUCUGUAUUUUAAUGUUUUGUUGGAAGCCGCCCAGAGUGGCUGGGGGAACCCGGCCAGAUGGGCGGGGUAUAAAUAAUAAAUUAUUAUUAUUAUUAUUAUUAUUAUUAUUAUUAUUAUUAUAUUCGUAAGAUCGAAUGAUUAGCUGAUUGUCAGGUGUUGCAAAGCCCUGCACACAGCAGUUUGCUUAGGAUAUUUCAGGCACCAACAUUCCACUAAUUGACAGUGCCUCAAAACCGCUUUCAGUUGAGCCACGUUUCAAACCUGCCUGAAAAUACCACCUUAUUGAAGUGGGAACCCCUCCUUAUCCCAGAUCUGUAGGAGCCUACUAAGAUAGUAUAUCUCAUGUUCUCUGUUAAACCAAAGAUGCUGUGAUAUUAAGCACCCAAUAUAUACAGUAUAGCAAGUUUCGCUUGUGUCAUAUUUUCUUUUCUUUUUUAACUUUGUUUUAAUGUAGGCAGUGUGUAAGUAGUGUGUUACCUUUUCUACAGGUCAGUUUCAUUUGUUGAGACAUUAGUGUUACUGGUACAUUAGGAAGAAAAGGGGGGAAGAGGUGGAGGGGGGAAUGGUGAGUGGGGUCGGGUGGUGUUUUUCUAGUUCACUUAAUGUAUGUGUGGGGCGUUGUGUCAGUGUCGUUUGUGUUGGUUCUCUUUGCUAUUCGCUUGUGUUCCUUUGGUGGUGAGAGAAGUUGGGGUUUGCCUAGGGUGUGAUUGCUUGUUUGUGAUUGGCUAUGGUGAACUUUGUUUUCAUGUGUGAGUUGGGUGGGUGUUUUUGAAUCAGGAUAGCCAUAUGCUGUUGGUGGAUUCUUGUCAUUGUCUUGUUGGGCAGUGUAUGUGAUAAAGGGGAGCCAUACCGGGGUGAAGGUAUAUAUACUAGAGCAGAAGAAAACAAGAUUGUUCCAUCUUCCAUGUGACACUCCUUGAGAUAAUUGAAGAUAGCUCUCAUAUCUUCUCUCAGUCUUCUCUUUACCAGGUUAAACAUGCCCAACUCCUUCAACUGUCCUCAUAAGGCUUGGUUUCCAUACCCUUGAGCAUCUUGGUUGCUCUCUUCUGUACAUGUUCCAGCUUGUCGAUAUCUUAAAUUGUGGUGCCCAGAACUGGCCAUAGUACUCCAGGUGUGGUCUGAACAAGGCAGAAUUGAGCAUAGAAUCAUAGAGUUGGAAGAGACCACAAGGGCCAUCCAGUCCAACCCCCUGCCAAGCAGGAAACACCAUCAAAGCAUUCUUGACAUAUGCCUGUCAAGCCUUUGCUUAAAGACCUCCAAAGAAGGAGACUCUACCACACUCCUUGGUAGCAAAUUCCACUGCCGAACAGCUCUUACUGUCAGGAAGUUCUUCCUAAUGUUUAGGUGGAAUCUUCUUUCUUGUAGUUUGCAGCCAUUGCUCCGUGUCCGCUUCUCUGGAGCAGCAGAAAACAAUCUUUCUCCCUCCUCUAUAUGACAUCCUUUUAUAUAUUUGAACAUGGCUAUCAUAUCACCCCUUAACCUUCUCUUCUCCAGGCUAAACAUACCCAGCUCCGUAAGCCGUUCCUCAUAAGGCAUCGUUUCCAGGACAGAAUACUUCGGUUAAUGCAGCGUAGAAUAGCAUUAACUUUUUUUUGCUGCUGCAUUGCACUGUUGACUUAUAUUAGCCUUGUGGUCUGCUAAGACCCCAAAUCCUUUUUACAUGUACUAUUGGCAGGUCAGGUGUCCCCCAUCUUCUAUUGUGAAGCUGGUUCUUCCUAUUAGUGUAGAACCUUACAUUUGUCCCUAUUGAAAUUGCCUGUUGAGAUAAUAGCCCGUAAUUGGCUAAUUAUCGAUAACACAGCUUUGUGAGACAGAAAGAUAGCAGAGAAAUCUAUCUGCCUACGAACAAAUUCUUAGCUGCGUUUCAGACGUAGCAAAAAUACUCGCCCAGUACGCUCCGUCACAAAUGUCAAGCCUCUGUUUCUAAAACGUCCAGAAACUUUACUCCCAAGUUCAUAUCACAUUCCGUAGCAGCGAAAGCUUUAUCCAACUUUUCUGUGCCUGUGAAAUAACUCAUGUCCACUCCCUUGUUCGUUAAAACAAAGAAGAUUUAUUGCUUAGGGCAGCUCAGCCUGGUGUGGACAUCUCCAUCUUGGCUGGAAGCUGCGACACGAACAGACAGGAUACAAACAUACAGCGUUCUCAUAUAACAGAAAGUUACAACAGUACACAGGUACUUCCUGUUUACAUGGACACGUCAUAGGGCCCCGCGGCAGGACGAUUGCUGAGCUAUUAACCCUCUCAGCUCACAUUGCCUCCCCCUUUUUUGCCAAGUUCUCCAAUCUGUUAAGGUCAUAUUGAAUUCCCUCAAUACCUUCAUCCAAGUUGUUAAUGAAGAUGUUGAACAACAGUGGGCCCAGGACAGAACCCUGUGGCACCCAACUUGCCCUCUUUUUCCAGGAUGAUGAGGAACCAUUGGUGAGCACUCUUUGGGUUUGGUCAGUCAACCAGCUAUAAAUCCACCUUACAGUUACGAAGUCCAGUCCACAUUUUACCAGCUUCUCUGCAAGAAUAUCAUGGGAGACUUUGUCAAAAACCUUACUGAACUCAAGAUGCACUACAUCUACCCCAUUCUGUUGAUCAACCAAGCUUGUAGCUUUGUCAGAAAAAGAAAUGAGGUUUGUCUGGCAUGACUUUUUUUUUUUUUGAGAAACCCAUGCUGGGUCUUAAUACUCACAGCACCCUUUUCUAAGUGCUCACAGACCAACUGCUUAAUUAUCUGUUCUAGGACCUUUCUUGGUAUAGACGUCAAGCUAUCUGGUAAGUAGUUACCUGGGGGCAACAUCUGCCCUCCAGUCUGCAGAGAUCUCAACCGUUCUCCAAGAAUUCUCAAAGACUAUAGACAGAUGCUCUGAGAUUACAUCCUCAAGUUCCUUUAGUACCCUUGGGUGCAGCUCAUCAGGCCCUGGAGACUGGAAUUCCCUUACCAUCUCUUUUCCUAUCUUGGGCUGCAGUUCCAUCCCUGCAUCAUUUAUUAUAUUAUCAAUAGAUUGGAAACUGCUUUCCUUUUGGGUGAAGACAGAGGCAAAGGUUUUGAGCAGUUCCACCGUCUGAGUGUUCUGUGUAUUUGCUUUUUUUGUUUACUUUUUUACAGACUUUGCAAAAAGCAAAGUCUGUAAAUAAAUGACGGGCCCUCUGUAAGCAUUUUUCUGCCUCUGUAAACUAUCCUUGGACAAGCAAGAUUUGGUUAUAAAAUUAGGAAGGGCUGCAGUGGGGAAAGUACAUUUAUUAAGCUGAAUAUGAGAACAGCAACCUCCAUGUUGUGGCUGGGGCAGAGGAGGGAGAGUUUGGUUGUGCUCUCAUCAGCAUCUAAAAAUCUAAUUCUAACCUUCGUAGCAUCUUUGAAAAGGGUCCUUGUAUUUUCCCAUUUUGUUGCCUUUAUGGUGUCUUCUUGGCCUUUUCUGAAUUCUUGCCUUGUGACACACACAAUAAAUCUUCAUUCAAAUUAAUUAUCUAUAUACUAAAGUUACAAUUAAUACAUUUCCCAUAUUAUUCAUAUUCCACCUAGCAAUUACCAGUAAAAAACCAGAACAAUUGUACUUAAAUAAUUGAAUGGUAGAAAUUGAAGGCUGCAAUCACAUGCACCUCUCCAGAGCAACACUCUACAUGCCUACUUUGAAAUAAACACCAUUUUUUUCAACCGAGGUUCAUCCCGGAUAGUUCUCUGUUGGGCUGCGGUGUUACAUACAGAUACGUCUAACUGAAUAGAGUGAGAUAUUGCAAUAGAAGAAUAGCGUUCAACUGCAUAUUCCUUAUUUUCACGAAAUCAUUUUGCACAAUCAGAAAUUCGUAGCUAGAUAGAAAUUCUGUAUUGAGCACCGAACUGAAAAGACAUUGGAUUUGCUUCACUUGUCAUAUGCAGGGUGUAUUUAUAUCUACUGCCACAAGCCACCUACUGUGCUCACGUCUUAUCCGUCAGACUGUGGUGAUAGGCAUGGCCAGAAUGUGUCCUAUAUAGAGAAAGGUUUCCAUAUUGGGGACUAGUAAUACUGUGGCAAUCAAGGGGUUUUGAGGUCUGAACUGAACUGCAAGAAACAAACCAACCCUGAACGUUAAGCCAUUACUGAUAAUUAAUUUAGUAUAAUGCCUGGAAAUGCAUUUCUACAACCAGCUUCCAACAUCAGUACCUUCAGCUCCAUGAGAAUCAGUUGUGUCAGAAUUUUCUUUCAAGUAUAAAAUUAAAGUUGACACAGUGGACUGAGGAUCAAGUAGUUUCGUGAGAGGUAUUUCCACUCUCCUUUCCGUAAAGAUACGAUUCUGUAGAGUCAAGGCUAAUGUAGAGUCUACACCCAAUGAUGAAAGUGGCGUAUGCAUUGAAAGAUCAACAGGGGUUGCUUUAGGCAGGCUUUUUAAAAGUGUGAUUGCAUAACCUACAGGUUCAUUUAGAGUGUGGUUUUUGAAUUCAGCUUCACCAGCGAGCUCAGGAUUACUACCUGUCUCUUCAGAAACAAGUUCAUAAAAACGACUCUUCAGAGACAAAUUUUGAGAUAAAACAUGAUCAGCUAAAGUCUGAAAAUUGAAUUUUAACACAGCUUGCUGAGGUUUAUCCAGAAUUAAGCUUCUUUUUAGAUAUUCAUGAAUCUCGUUCACUUGCAGAUCCUCUAUUCCUUUCGUUUGUAACCUAUAAUUUUUAUAGUGUUGUUGAUCUUGCAAGGCUCCGAGAUUUAAAGCACCCCAGUUAAUGGACUGUGCUGGAAGGCCACUGUUUCUCCUGUAAUGAGAGAAGAGAUCCAGGAAGGAAUUGGCAGCUGCGUAGUUUGACUGUGUUGCGUUUCCAAGAAAUGAUGAAAUAGAAGAAUAACAUACAAAGUGGUCAAGCUCCCUGCCUUGCAUGGCACGGUGAAGAUUGAUUACCCCUGCUACCUUUGGAUUUAAAACUUCCUCAAAGUUAGACAUGUUGAGGGUUUCAAGAAGCCCAUCAUGUAAAACCAUAGCAUUGUGGAAUACACCUUUAAUAGGAGAGUUUGGGAAAAAUUUACUGAUAGACUUGAUAACUUUCUCAACCUCUGAACUGCAAACAACGUUAGACUGCAAGUUGAUUAUUCUGCUCCCUUCACAGUGAUCCUGGAGAGCAUUUAUUUCCUUUUGCUCCUCAGUGCUUGGAUUCCUCUGUGAAAUUAUCACAAUGCACCUACCUCCAUGCUGAGCUACAAAUUUUACAGUUUCUAAGCCAAGCCUAGUGAAUUCAUCUGUGACUAUAUAAACUGCAUUCUGCUUAAACAUUCUCCUGUCUGUUUCAGUCUCUGGUAUAUCGGAUAUCUUGCUGUCUUCCUCAUCACUUUUUAGUACUGCAACUGGGACAUUCUUGCAGUUGAAAUAGGAUGCAGCAACAUCAGACCUCAGAUGCUUUCCUGCUUGCUGAAAAAUGAAAUAUGCAAUAUGUUUUAAUUGCUUCAUAUUCAUUGACUUCAGCCAACAAUACAUCUUCUUCUGAGACCGUAUCAUAUAUGUUUUCUGGAAAAUGCAGAUAAGACUGACAGCGUGAAUAUGGAUAUUUUCAUGAUCACUCCCAGCCAGAUACCUCAAACAUUCUGGUUGUUCAUUGCCGUAAACCAGUACAACAUCUCGAAGAUGGAAAAGACAGCUUAGGCCCUCUUUAAAUAGUCCAUUUAGUGGAGGUAGAAAAAUAAGGGCAUUGCACUGAUUAACACGUUGCCAUAGACCAGUUGUAUGGUUUGUAACUAUUAUUUUCCAACCUAAUUCCUGAGCUGAAAAAGUAAGCACUUUGCACAAAACUGACUCCGGCUCAGUGCAAACAAUACCUAAUAUUUCAUUAUGUUUUGGCACUGGCAGCGUUUGAUAAAAAAUCUCUCUUGCUACCCAGAAGAAUGAAAUGCAUGGUAUAUUUCUGAAACAUGGAAAUUUUUGAGUACUGAAACAAACUGUUUCUGGAAUAUUAAUUCUUGACGCUGCAGAAACCGGAUAACAUGAAGCAAUAUGAUCUCCCACUUUUACCUUUUUCACCUCACUACCUGUUGCUGUUACGGUGCCAGUAAAGUCUAGAGCUAAUACCUUGUGUUUAUCUAUAGUAUCUGAAUUCCAAUACAACGUUUUCCCAAACUUGCAGCUGGACACGCUAACAGGGAAAUAGUCUUCUGAGUGGAUGCUUAUUUUUUCAAGUUGAACUUCAACACUGUGGUUGCCAAGUUGAGUAUGUGAGUUGGCAACUUUAACUGACAGAUCAUUCAUACAGUAUGGAUCUCCUGUAUACAAAAUGCAGAAGUCUGAGUUCUGAAGUGGGUGGGAAGGUGUAUUGAAGGCUGUGGGUUCAAUCUGUGUGCGCCUAAUUUCAGAACUAUAAAUUCGUCCCUCAUCAAUCCAAACUUCUGGAUAAUCCUGUGCUUUAUAUUUUACUAAAACAUCAGCUAAGGCUGAGAUAUCUAUUGCAUUUGUAGAGCUGAUGUCAAUAAUCUGAAAUGUUAUUUCCGGGACUUCAACCAUACAUGUUCGAGCCAUGCCGUACAAACCAAAGCCAGUGUUUAUAUGGUCUACUUUCCUUUCUGAAGUCCUGUAAGUGAUUACUGUAAUGGAGCAAUUGGACUUCUUCUCCUUUAAUGCAAUAACAACUUGGCGAAAUGCCUCACAGCAUCUUACUGAAUGUUUCACCACUUUCUCUGGUAAAUUUUCAUUCAGUUUUUGGAUGCCCCACAUAAACAGAACGUCAUCAUAUCCCUGCAGUUCCAUAUUAAUUUUAUUUUGUGCAUAGGUAUCUGUUCUCUUAGCUGCCAACAAUUUCUCCCAUUCCUGAUACGUAACAAAUCUAGACUCACUAUGUAAGUAAUUCUUGAGCUGCUGCGAUAUUCCAAAUUUGUCAGCAAACACCACAACUCGAGGUGCUUUGGGCAGAUUAUGCAUUACUUGAUCAGAAGUUAUUUCCUUCCACUGAUUUUCAAACAACAAUUCAUUUUCUUUCCUGGGAAUUUCCUGUACCAAAUUAAUUUGAACACAUCUCAGUUCUACCAGAACGGAGCCUUGUUUAUCUGUGAAGCAUCCACAAAACUCUAAGAAAUUGUCAGUGGACUUGCUUGUUUUUAAAUAUAUAAUCAUUUCCUCUUCCAAUGAUCGAGCAACUGCAAGACUACUUAUACCAGAAGGUAAAACUACUUUGUUAUUGGAAGUAACUGCAGCCAGAGUACCCGCCAUUUGCAGAAAACAAUCUAAAAGGACUGGAUGGAUAUAAUACUCAUACAUUUCUUCUACUGUUUGUCUCUUCACUGUAACAGUUGUCACAGCUUCUUUCAAGUCUUCACAAUAAAAUACAUUACUAAGCUGCCUGAAAGUAUCAUCAUAGUUGGAUCCAGCCUGAGCCAAUGUUUCAUAAACCUCAUCUUCAUUAACAACAGAUCUACACCUCUGAAAAAUGUCUUUUAAGGAAAUAUUCUUUUCUUCAAUUGAUUUUUCAGGAUUCCUUAUGACUUGUCCCGAAGCAAAAACCGUAUUAGCUGAACCUGAUUGUAUUCUGAACUUUGACACUGUUUGUUGUGGCUCAACCUUUAUCUUCAAAGCAUGGAGAUUUUCAUUUAAAACACAUGGUGCAGGGAAAAAUAUAUUCAUUUGACAAUAACUUAAGGGUACUUUUGGCCUUGUGCUCGUCAUCACAGCUGCCAGAGCAAGUUCCACCAAAACAGCUGCAGGAAUUAAUGCAGCAUGGUAGUUCUUGUGCUUAUAUAAAUGUGGUUUCAGAGCCUCAGAGACAGAACAAAUGAAUUCUGAGUUAUCCUUAUUUGUACUGCAAAUUAAAGAAUGGCUUGAGCUUACACCGCUGUUGUUUGCUUUCUGGUUAAUAUUCCAAUGUAGCAAGAGUUUCUGAUGAUCAAAGUGAUACCUGGGAUAAGCUGAUGGUACACUUUGAUAACCUUCAUAAAAAUGCUGCCAAUUCACAUUCAAUCCCAAUUCAAAAAGAUCUUUCACUAGAUUAAGAAGAGUCACAUAUUCCCUAUCCGUUUGCAAAGAAUGAAAAACUCUGGUUUGCGUCCCUAAUGUUUCAAUGAUGUAUCUCCGCAAAGCUCUUUGAGGACCUAUUUCCACAAAGGCAAUGUUACCCUUGCCUUUUACUGAUGUCAUCAUGGCCUCUGCAAAAGAAACAGGAUCCCGAAUCUGUCUGGCCCAGUAGGUGCCUGUAACAAAAUCACCACCUGAAACUGCCUUCCCUGUUGCUGUAGAAAUUAGGUCAAUCUCUGGCUUCCUUUCCUUUAAUUCUGAUAGACUUUCUGAGAGUUCUGUUAGUACCGGUUCUAUCAUGUGGCUGUGAUAUGCAGCUGGCCCAUCUAAAGUAUGAAGAAAUAUGUUUCUUUUACUGAAGUGCUCAGCUAAAUCUUUCUGAAUGGCGUGGAUAGAUGCUUCAUCUCCUGAUAAUGUGCAAGACAAAGGACUGUUAAACGCUGCAACGCAGACUUUCCCGGAAUAUCCACCAAGGGCUGCUGACACCUCCUCAACGGGAAUGUUGUCAACCACCAGCAUUCUCCCUCCAGCCUGCAGCCUGCUCCUGUGGUAGAUGACUUUGACAGCAUCUUCCAGGGAAAUCAGUCCAGCACAAUGGGCAGCAGCUACUUCGCCAACUGAAUAGCCAACAGCAGCAAUUGGCUUAACGCCCCAGUGUCGCAGGAGUGUAACCAAGGCCACCUGCAGUGUAAAGAGUAAGGGCUGGGCAACUUCAGGCCUGGACAAAUCAUUGUGCUCACUUUCUGUUAAAUCCAAAAUUCUAUUGGGUGCAAGCUGUUGAAAUAAUUGCUUGAUUUCAAUACAUUUGUCUCUGAAGACGGGCUCAGAUUUCAGCAGGACUCUACAUAUCCCUUUGAAAUUCAAACCAUUACCGGAGAACACAAAGACCAAUUCUGCAGGCUUUUUCCGUGAAACAGUUUCCAUUUCAGUUGAAUUAAGCUGUUGCUGUAAGUGCUGCAGAGAGGAUGCCACAAAUGCUUUUCUGUAUUUGUGGUUUAUGUGACUUCUUCUACAAGCAGCUGUGUAGGCCAGAUUUGGGAGUGUCGCUGAGUCACUGGUAUUCAGAUAUCUAGCUGUGUCUUCUAUCGCCUUUUUGAGACAAGUUCUUAAAGCUGCUGAAAUGACAAAUAAUUCGACGGGCCUUUUGACUGGAAGGGUAACCUGGGUCUGUUUAAAUUGUUUAACAACCACAUGGGCAUUGGUCCCACCAAAUCCAAAACAACUGAUCCCAGCAACUCUGCCGAAAUCACUGGACUCCUCCCACUUCUCCACUGUUGUUGGGAUGGAGAGAUUCAAUUUCUCUGUAUUUAUGCUGCUGGUGCUCUCUGAAAAGUGCAAGGAUGGGACUAUCUUCCCAUGGUGCAUCAUGAGAAGAACUUUGAUUAAGCCUGCUGCCCCAGCAGCUGACUCUGUGUGCCCAAUGUUCCCUUUAACGGAGCCAAUCUUGAGAGGGGGCAAAUCAGGAGGCCUUUUUUUGCCAAUGACAUUGCCUAAGCUCUCUGCUUCAGUGGCAUCUUCAGUAGGGAUUCCUAGGCCGUUUGUUUCAAUGUACUGAACAGCUGAAGGAUCAAUAUAUGUUGGAUAAAUGUUAAGUAAUAACUUCUCUUGUGCUGCUUGAAAUGAUUGCAUGCCUGGAGCAACGGAGCUUCCAUUCUGGUGGAUUGCCAUGAUGCUGAUGAUGCCCCAUAUUUUGUUGAAUUCUUCCUGUGCCUAUUUGUGGACAAAAGAUUCAAGGAAUACACAAUGUUAUAAAACAUUAAGUAACUAUUGCAGCAUGAUUAUAUUUAGAUUUGUUUUGUUUUGUUUGAGAGCAGUGUUUGGACCUUUCAGUAUCACUGAAUCUUCUCCUCAUUUGUAACUUCCCGUGACAUGUUACUUUGGUGAUUACCAACAUCCAUGAUCCCAAACUACCUACUGCAGGGCAGUAGGACAGCAAAACAUAUACAACUUUAUGCUGAAUUUACUUUUUUUCUGCACCAUGGUAUUACUCUUAAGCAUUUCUUACAGUACAAGAGCAGCGAGUUAUUCCAGCCAUUUAUUUUGAGGGAUAUUGGGGAAAUUUGUAAUUAUUAUGUGUCAGUAUUGCAUUUUUAAUGGAUAACAAUUUCUUGUUGGAUUGCUUUCUGGUUAAUAGUUUGGAAUACUUCAUUAGUGAGUAAAUUAAGGGGUCAGCCUGGUGUAAUCAGAAUGUCAGGCUAGUACUGGGAUGAUUAAGUUUCAAAUCCGCUUUCAGUCAUGAAUCUAAUUGUGUGGCUUUAGGUCAAUGGCCAUCUUUCAGUCAUUGGAUAACAUAGAGUAGAGUACAAUGUAUGCCACCUUGAGUUCCCUUGAAGAAAGACUGGCUAUAAAUAUAAUAAAUAAAUAGUAUCUGUUUAGAAGAGAGUCUCAUGAUAAUUGGGAAUCUCUCUCUGAUACCUUCUAAUUUAGAUACCAAUCAGAAUUCGGAGGUUAAAACCUCUAGUUCAGGGGAUCAUGCCAAGAAACAGCAGCCAAAGGGUAGAUGGCAGUUUUGAAGGCUUAGUGACAUAGGCAGAGAAUCUUUCUGGAACUCUUUCUGGAGACUUGAGAUUGGGUAGCAUCAGUGCUACCUUGAAGGAAUGCCUGUUUGCCUCCACUUAGGUUCUGCUUGGGCAUAUUUUUUAAAAAAAGCAAAUAUAAAGACAGCAAGUCUCUUGGUGUUCUCCUUUCCGAAGCACACUAGACCCAAUGAACAUCCCUGGGACAUUUGGGAAAUUGAGAGUUCAGUAUAAGCAUUCUACCUUUACUAGUGACUUUAAUAAAAGAACGCCACAUCCUUCUCCUCUUCCAUAGCCACCUGCAUGUUUAGAGAAGGGUUUACUAAUUCCGUCAGGUGAUAAAAUGUUUGCUUUACUCUGAGAUACAAACUUCCAAGGCUCUAUGAUGCAAUUUACUCCUCCGCAGAUAGCAGAUUCGCAGUCUCCUAUAUCAAAGGUACAGAAAAACCAAAUGAGCCUGAAAUCAUGAAAGGGAGAAACCUGAUAUUUCAUUCACAUAGCCACGAUACCAUCUGUGUCAUCAUGGUGAUUUCUCUUACAAAAUCCUUUGUUGGGCGUAUCUUUGUCUCUCAUCUCAAAGUUUUAAACUAGCCUCUCCUGGAUCAGGCAGGGCAUAAGCAAUGGAAUGUUGGUUGUCUAACGUAAUCCGUUCUGGAAGAGCAUUUGACUUCCAAAAUGUUCAACAACUGAGGCGCAAUUGCUGGUCGACAAAACCCACUGAAAAAAUGGAGAAACCCGUCUCAGAAGCCAUUCGACUUCCGAGGCACAUUCGAAAAUGGAAGCAUUCACUUCCGGGUUAUCAACGUUUGAAAGCUGCAAUGUUCAACUUCUGAAGUGUUUGACAACCAAGGUUCCACUGUACAAAUAAAAACCAUGCACCAUCUAGCACAGUGCAUUACAGUAUAUAAUACACAGAAAAAUCAUUUAGUGAUCCAUCAAGAAUCUCAGCAAUUUUCAAGUGGUCUAUGGGGGGGGGGGGAGUUUGGGAAUCACGGUUAAUGGUAUGCAUAAGAAACAUAGUAACCAAGAAUACCUUGUUUAAUGGCUUUGUAGCCAAGGUCCAAAGCAGAGAGAAAAGAUGAACAAGCUGUAUCAAUGGCAAUUGAUGGUCCAAUCAAAUUAAAACUGUAUGAAAUCCGAUGAGCUGCUGUACUCAUUGCUGCCCCUGUGGCAUCAUAAUGGUUUAUUUCAGCAACUGCCCUGGUGGUUAUGGAUUCAUAGUCUCGAUUCAUCAGGCCUGUAAAUACAGAACAUUUGUUUUUAAGGUCAAUUUACACUAAAAUCUGCAUCUAGUAAUGGUUUUUAUUCUUCACCUCCCAUCCUACAAUUAUUUAUUAUUUCACUUUCAUUCUGUGUUUCUUCUAAGGCACUUAAGCAGCAUGUGCUUCCCCAUCUCAGUUUCCCCUCACAGUAAAUCUGACGAUUGGGUUAAUUUUGUGGGAUAACCAGCCUCACAUAUCCAACAUGCUUAAGUUUAAUGCAUGAAGGGGUUAAAAACACAGAGUGAGCUCUCCUGCCAGGCUUAGCUAUGUCACUUCCUCUGAACUUGGGAUGAGAUAAGUAAUCAAGCUUAUUGUCCCAUCUACUUGAGAAACUCAGUGUGUGAGGAGGUUUGAGCUGCUUGCUCCAGCUCAGCCAUAUGGCUCUCACCAGCCACCCUUGUGUUCAUAUUCCAAUCAAUAUAGGAACUUUUACCACUUUGUAAGCUAAGUUUUCCUGCCUGUGCAAUGUUUCCUGAUGAAUGUAUGGAAAAGCACAUGAAGCUGACAUUUGAUGAGUUUAUAAGUAAACCAAUUUUUUAAUUACCAAAUUUGUGGCCUUUUCCUAUGCUGGGGAAGAGAGGAAUUUAGGAACUCACUUGGAAAGACAUAUUUUAAAGGCCUAACAGCCUGCAUUUCCAAGCUUCACUUUGCUGUAUAUUUUGUGACAGAAACGUACUGGGAGCCAAUGUAGGUCUUUCAAGACCAGUGUUAUGUGGUCUCGGCGGCCGCUCCCAGUCCCCAGUCUAGCUGCCGCAUUCUGGAUCAGUUGUAGUUUCCGGGUCACCUUCAAAGCUAGCCCCACAUAGAGCACAUUGGAGUAGUCCAAGCGAGAGAUAACUAAAGAAUGCACCACUCUGGCGAGACAGUCUGCGGGCAGGUAGGGUCUUAGCCUGCGUACCAGAUGGAGCUGAUAAACAGCUGCCCUGUAUACAGAAUUGACCUGCGCCUCCAUGGAUAGCUGUGAGUCCAAAAUGACUCCCAGGCUGCACACCUGGUCCUUCAGGGGCACAGUUACCCCAUUCAGGACCAGGGAGUCCUCCACACCUGCCCGCCUCAUGUUCGCCACAAACAGUACUUCUGUCUUGUCAGCAUUCAACCUCAAUCUGUUAGCCACCAUCCAUCCUCCAACCGUCUUCCAACAACCUAUCAUUGUGUGGCCACCUCUAAAGCAGAUAUAUGGCAUGCAAUGUAAAUAGACAAAAUCUUCUGCCAUAACUAUUAUCUUACCAACAAAAACCCCUGUUUUGGUACCACUGAUGUUUUCAGGAGUGAUUCCUGCAUCUUCCAGUGCUCUGUAGGUACAUUCCAUGAGUAGCUUUUGCUGAGGAGCCAUACACUCAGCUUCCUCAUUGCUGAUGCCAAACAGCUUGUUAUCAAAUGCAUUCAAUCUAAAAAAAUUAAAUGGAGGUAUGACAUGAUAUACAGUAUGAUUCACAUACUGCUUCAUCCAACAUGCUCUGAUAAGAUAAGAUAAGAUAUACUUAAAAUUCAUUGAAGCCUAAUACUACAUGUUGUACCAGCAAAUAAAUUGUCAUGAUAGGACACAGCAGAUAGGACACUGUGCCCAUGUCAUUUCCUAGUACAGUGGUACCUUGCUUUAUGAACUUAAUCUGUUCCAGAAGUCUGUUUUUAAACCAAAAUUAAACGAUAAAUGACAAGAACUCGGGCCAAAAAGGAUAAUUUCAAAAAGUCUUCACAAAGUUUUAUUCAGGAUAAAUUCCAGUAAGCAUCAACAUCAGGACGAGGCCCUGUUUCAAUUAUUCUUCAUCAGCGAGGUUUCUCAGGUCUAAGUGUACCAAGUAUGCUUUCCCAUAGCAGCAGGGGACUCAAUUUACAAAUAAUAAUAAUAAUAAUAGUAAUAAUAGUAAUAAUAAUAAUAAUAAUAAUUUUAUUUAUACCCCGCCCUUCCCAGUCAAGACCGGGCUCAGGGUGGCUAACAACAAGAAUAUCAAAGCAAGCAUAAAAGAAACAAUUCAAUUAAAAUGCAGAUUAAAUACAAUGUUAAAAUUCAAUUUUUAAAUUAUGAAUCAACAAGUGCAACCUCAUUUAAAUAUCUGUAGGAUAAAGCCUUAGGGGAGGGUAACACCGGGUUCAGACUGAGUCAGUCCAAGGGCCAAGCGGAACAGCUCUGUCUUGCAGGCCCUACUAAAAGAUGACAACCCCCGCUGGGCCCUAGUCUCCUGAGAGAGAGCGUUCCACCAGGUCGGGGCUAGUACUGAGAAGGCCCUGGUCCUGGUCGAGGCCAGUCUAACCACCUUGUGACUCGGGAUCUCCAGUAUGUUAUUAUUUGUGGACCUUAAUGUCCUCUGCGGGGCAUACCGGGAGAGGAAGUGGAACAUGGGAGCCGGCAUGGUGUAGUGGUUAAGAGCUGCUGGGUGACCUUGAGCUAGUUACACUUCUCUGAAGUCUCUCAGCCCCACUUACCUCACAGAGUGUUUGUUGUGGGGGAGGAGCGGAAAGGAGAUUGUUAGCCGCUUUGAGACUCCUUAAGGGGAGUGAAAGGCAGGAUAUCAAGUCCAAACUUCUUCUUCUUCUUCAAGGCAAAGUUCACAAACCAAAACAUCUAUUUCCGGGUUUGCAGUGUUCUUAAUCCAAGUUGUUCAUAAACUAAGCUGUUCUUAAACCAAGGUACCACAGUAUGAAGCUGGCGGAAAUACCAGUGAAACACCAUGGCUUGAAACUAUUGCACCAGGAAAAGCUGCACUGCAGUAUAAUCAGCCCCCCCCCCACCAGAACUCACUGGAACUCAGUUUGGCACCUCUCAGGUGGGCGCCGUUGCCAUUAUAAGAGAACAAGGGAGGUGUUCAUGGUGAGUUCCAGCACCUCUUUUUCUAGAAAAAGAGCACUGGGAAUAAGGAUAACUCUCAUGGGGGAGACAACAGUGCUAAAAUGGGUUAUAGCUGCCUUAGUCCCAGGGUAUGAUCUGAAGCAAGAAUGAGGCAUUUGUUGGUCACAGCAGUGGCUGUGGUUUAUGGGGCAUUUGGAGAAGCACAGAGACAACAUCUGGUCUGAAGGCACUUAGGGACAUCACCUUACUGAAGCUAAGCAGGUCCAGAUGUACCUGGGUUGGUGACCGCCUGGAAACUUGGGUUCCAUGAUGGACGGUGGGGUACAAAGUAUAAGGAAAUAAUGAUGAUGAUAAUGAAUUUAUUGUUGUUGUGGCGAUUAUUAACUAGUCACUUUUUUCAGAAAAAAAGAACUCAAAGAGUCUUAAAAUGUGUCUCUGCUCAUGCUGCUCACCAACACCACCUCAGCAAGGGUCCCGCCCUCAAGGCCUUCCAAUCAUGUAGCUGGAAAACAGAUUAAUACCCAAACUCUAAAUUGGAGCUGAUAAGCAGAAUGUGGAAGGACAUUAGUACAGUAUUAUGAUGGCAUCACAUUUUUUGGUGAAGUUCAUAUAGUGUACAACUUCAGCAUAAGAUUUGCACCCAAAGUAGUUCACGUAGUGUGGAAAUGCAUUCAUUAUAAAGCAGCACUUUGAGAUUGCUCGUUAAUUUUAAGAGAUUUUGAAAGGUUCAUAUAAUAACACAUAUUACAUCAGCCAGUCAUUUCAAGGGGGAAAUCUGCAAGUUUAGAAAGUCUGAAGGAUUUAUUAGCAAAAUAUAUGACUUACUCAUCAAGAAGAGCAGCACGAGUUGUACGUAUUUUACCUGGUUUGUCGUCAUCUGGAUCAUACCACUCUCUAAAGUUAAAUCUUUCUGGAGGUAUUUCUGUAGUGCAGUUUCUGCCAUUCUCUAACACUUUCCAGAAACUGUCAAUUCCUUCACCUGUUGCAUAAAGAUUUAAAUAUACAUUUUUAGAUGUAUUUAAAUAUACUGUUUUCAUUUUUAAAAUGUCAAACCUGUCUUGUUCAAUUUAUCUGAACUUACAUAAGAAAUCCAACUUUCAGAAGUGUGCAUGCACACGAAAGCUCAUAUCAAGAACAAACUUAGUUGGUCUCUAAGGUGCUACUGGACAAUUUUUAAAAAAUAUAUUUCUACUGCAUCAGACCAACACGGCUACCUACCUGAAUACAAAUUAAAUUUGCAUUUCAAGUGAUACAAAAUUUCAGCUUUCACAGCAAACUGGAACUUUUCCUAAAUCACACAAUCUCUCUCUCUCUCUCUCUCUCUCUCUCUCUCUCUCUCUCUCUCUUUUUUAAGGUUUAAAAAUUAACUUUAUUUCUUAUUAAAAUCAUCAACAAAUCAUAACCAACAGACAAACACAAACCAAAAGGAAAUUAUAACAAAUCAUAUCAAAUCAUAUUAAAUCACAUCAUAAGAAUUUUCCCCAACUCAUAACAAACAAACUAAUACAUACAAAAAGCAAAAAUCUAACAAAUCAGAUCAAAUCAUAUCAGAUCAAAUCAUAAGGAGAGCAGAAAAGGAAAAAAAGAAAAAGAAAAGGGACAAAAAAGAAGAGAAAGAGAAAUUUGAAAAGAAAUAAAAGAAUAAAAAUCAACUUCCAAGCAUUUUAAUAUCGGUUCCCUUUCAAUAUAUAACAUUUACCAUGCCUCUUCCUUAUUCUAUGUAAUUAAAAAAUAAAACUUUUCAUAUUUUUCUUGUCUAUGUAUUUGUCUUGUGGAUCUCAGUCUAAGCAAAUCACUCAUUUCAAAUUUAUACCCUCCUUGCGAAAGUAAUCCUCCACAUAUCUCUAUUCUUCUUUCAAUUUUUGUUUUGGGACCCUCCUAAUUACUGCCGCCAUUCUUGCUAAAUUCAUGAAUUCUGCCAAUUUAAUAUGCCACUCCUGAAUUGAUUGUAUUUUAUCCCCCUUCCAAUUUUGAGCCAACAACAUUCUGGCCGCUGCGCAAGCGUACAAGAGAAUAUUUUUCCUAUCGCUCGGGAUAUUAACAGGUAUUAAGCUUAGUAAGAGGAUCUCUGGCUUUUUCUCGAACGUCCACUUCAACAUUUUUUUCAAUUUGUCAUAGAUUUCUGACCAAAAUUUGGUAACCUUUGUACAACUCCACCAACAAUGGAAAUAAUUUCCUAUUUUUUCUUUACACUUCCAGCAUUUAUCUGAAUUAUUCCUAUAUAUUUUUGCUAAUUUUUCCGGCGUCAAAUGCCAUCUGCAUGUCAAUUUCAACAUGUUUUCCCUUAUACAGGCCGUAAAAUUCAUAUCCACCCUCCACAAUUUAUCCCACUGACUCCUAUAUAUUGUUCUCCCAACAUCUUGUGCCCAUCUUAUCAUCACAUUUUUGACUUCCUCAUCCUUCAUAUCCCAUUCUAAUAAAAAUUUGUAUAUUUUUGCCAAUGGUUUAAUGGAAUUUUCAAUCAAUAAUUCCUGAAAUUUAGAUCUAUUUUCAGAAAAACCUAUUAAUUUAGGUUUAUUAAAUACGCUUUGUAUUUGGUAGUAAUGUAACCAGCUCAUACAAUACUGCUCAAUCUGUAUGGUUUUAGCACAUAUUGAUCAUUUACUUUCACUAAUAGAUCUUUAUAAGUUAACCAUUUCCCCCCUUUUCCUAAAUCACACAAUCUCAUCAUACUGUCUGUAAUUUUUCUGCAUGAUGUUCCUAUGAAAAUUGCAUUCAGCUGUUACCAUAUUUGUUUGGGUGGCAUCUCGCAGAUAAGAGCCAUCUAGUUGUGAAGGCGUAAGGUUUAGGUUAGCAUAUUCCAAGUUCAGGAAGGCAAAAUACAUAAUUAAAUUUAUACAGUGGUACCUCUACUUAUGAAUAACUCCACUUACGAAUGUUUCUACUUACGAACGGAGCUCCAUCUGCCAUCUUGGAUGCGGUUUAGAUAGGAUUUUUCCUACUUACGAAUUUUUAGAUAGGGUUGCUUCGACUUACGAAUUUUUCCUCCCAAUGGGAUUCGACUUAAAAAGUUUUUCGACUUACGAAUGUGCGUUCGGAACGCAUUAAAUUCGUAAGUAGAGGUACCACUGUAUGUGCUAUUCUGCUUGUUGUGGAAGUUAGAUCAGACAUUAAAGAGUAUUGAUGAGAUGCAAAACUCCAAGAUUUGUCAUGUAAAAAGCCUGAAUUUCCAGUGGACUUCAUAAUAUCACAGACGUUCACUUCUCCAUGUUCAUGACAGGGACAUACAGUGUUACAAAAUAUUUCUAGCAAGAAUUUAAAUAUUGGUAUCUCUCAAUAACUAGUGCUGAGUUCUUAGUUUACUUUUACUUUAAAUCACGAGGAAGUUUUAUGCUUUAUUUCACAAUGAAAAUAGUGUAAGAAACAAGGAUACCUUUCUUAUAUCUCCUCCCCCCCCCCCUCAAAUACUUACCUCCAGGAAAGUUGCAUCCUAUACCCACAAUAGCUAUUUCAUUCUCAGACCCCAUCUUUAUUUUAUUUUUCUAUUUGCGUUGGUCACUGAAUAAGACAAUCAUCCUGUGGAAAAGAAGGCAGAGUUGUAAAUAUUUAUUUUUAAUUUGUGACUACUUGAAAUAUAAGCAACCCUUUGUGAUGUCCACAGAGUAAACCAAGUAAUAUUCUUCGAUGAAGAGCAGAUCAGUUCAUAAAUGUGUGUGUGUGUGUGUGUGUGUGUGUGUGUACAUGGAGAUCUAUACCAAUCUCUGAGGUACAUUGAGAUUCAGAUUUGAUCCUCUUGCAAUAAACAAACAGACCAGCAGGUGGCAACCUACAGGUUACCUAGGCAACCAAGCACAGAUGAAGGGAAAGUUCAAGCUAUGUUGUGGAGGUCAAAGAAAGAGGACUGACAUCAAAAUCCUGCGUCAGAAAAGUAGGCAGUUCCAAAAAUAUUGAUAUGCAUACAUGAGUUGGCUGCUGAGGAGGAAGUCAAUGUUUCGAGACUUAAGACUCUCCCGAGGGGCAGACUGUAAGUACUGAGGGGAAUUCUAAGGCCCCACCUUGCACUUUACAUUUAAAGCAGAAUCUUGCCCCAUUAAACAGUCCCAAAGGAUCCUGUCAAUAGUGCUUGCCAAGAGCCCUUAUUCCCCUCCUGCCACUACACUUCUCAGGGCGGCGAAAUAAUAAAUCCCUCUUCCCUCUUUUUGAUAAGGAGUAUAAUGGGGAAAGUGCUCUAGAAAGCGUGGGGUAACUUUCUCUUGACGCAACACAGGCACGCCAAUUCUAGGAGGUGGAGGUGUCUUCACUGGAGACCCAAUGUGGUGGUGUGGUUAGGAGCGGUGGACUCAUAAUCUGGUGAACCGGGUUCCCCGCUCCUCCACAUGCAACUGCUGGGUGACCUUGGGCUAGUCACACUUCUCUGUAGUCUCUCAGCCUCACUCACCUCACAGAGUGUUUCUUCAACCCCCUCAAUAUUUGUUUGAAGGGGCCCAGCCCCAACCCCUCGCAAUGUUGAGGGAGCCUGGUGCAACACACAUUGACACACACACCCCAAUCUUGGGGGCAAACUGGCACCUCUCACAUAACAUCUAACCUUUUUACAGUACAUUGAUCAUUGCUUUCAUUUUAUGGAUCAAUGGUCUCGUUAGGUAGUAAAAUUCAUGUUAAAUUUGUGAGAUAUUCUUGGCAGCCUGCCCAGAUACAGAAGUACCCUAGCGACAGCAGUCUGCCCAGAGACAAGGUGCCCUGGAGACAGCCUGUUGAUUGGCUGACUGCAAGUGUGUCUGCGGAUUGGCUGAGCUCUGCUACAUAGUAUAGUAUUUACUGCACAGUGGUACCUCUACUUACGAAUAACUCUACUUAUGAAUGGAGCGCCAUCCGCCAUCUUGGAUGCGGUUUAGAUAUUAUUUUUUCUACUUACAAAAUUUUUAGAUAGGGUUGCUUCGACUUACAAAUUUUUUCUCCCAAUGCAUUCCUAUGGGAUUCGACUUACCAUUUUUUUCGACUUACGAAUGUGCGUUCGGAACGCAUUAAAUUUGUAAGUAGAGGUACCACUGUACUUUUGUGUUUCUCUCUUUUACUUGCUGGCAGGCUCUAGGAAUAGUGAGAGAGAUUUUUAUGAAUGGCUUUGUUAAGUGAGUUAUAUGUAUUUAUUACUGCUUAUUAUAAUAAACACAAGUUGUAGCAUUCAUGCCAUUUUCCUUCAUUGUCCGGAAGACAACGUCCAGACCACAAACUGCUUCCACGAUUUGCACACUCUGCUAGGCUCGCGCCGAGGAAGCAUGUGGGCACAGAGAUUUAUUAGCAGUCUUCAUUUGUAAUAAAUCUCUCAUAAAAUUGCUGUUCUAGGGGUUGUUUUUAAAAGUCUGGAACGGAUUGAUCUGUUUUGCAUUACUUUCCAUGGGAAAGUGAGUCUUGGUUUUGGAACAGUUUGGUUUUGGAACGGACUUCUGGCACGGAUUAAGUUUGAGAACCAAGGUACCACUGUACUGAUAUGCACUGGCGGAAGGGCAGGGGGGAGUGCCCUGGCCCGGCACCAUCGGGGAGGGGGGUACCCAUCGCGGCUGCCCCGGAAAUGCACCACACACACACCCCAUCGUGCCGGGCGCCACACCUCCGCAGGCGACGCACCACGCCCCGGGGAUGCAUGCCAUGCCACCGUGAGGCGACGUGCCGUGUCCCUGGGACACAUGCCACGCCCCCAGGACAUGUGCUACGCCCCCUGGGGUGCGUGCCACCCUCACCCCCACCUCCUAUCCCCCCCUGGUGCCAGACCAUGCAGCUUCGCCAGUGCUGAUAUGUUUCCCACCCCGGGAUCCAUACUGAUUUAUUUAUUCCCUGCAAACAAAUCACAAUGGAAGCUCAAUGAAAAGCCAAUAUAUACUCUCCCUUCAAACAAAUCAGGAUGAAUUUUCAAUAAACAGGAAGCAACCCAGGAAGCCAGAGAUGGCUAAGUCUUCACAGCAAAGGAGAAUCCUGUUGUGGACAAAGGCUGUCAUCUAGUAAGACAAUGAAGUGGUCCUAAUUAUUUGAAGGGCAGAAAACUAUAUUUGGGGAGGAAUGUAGUCAUCUGGUCUUUAUGGGGUUAGAUUUCAUAGUUCUUCUUAAAAGACGGAGUAAGCCUCAAGCUUUUUGAGUUUUAUCCCCAAUUCUUUCCAGCUUCUGUUUAUAAACAUCCUGUUUUGGCUAGCCUACAUAUAAAGUGAGCAGCUGCACUCACUUUACUCCUUACAAAAGAUGUUCCUGUGUAAAAUGAGCUUUUCUCUUUUAUUAGGAGCUAUUGAAGAAAGUCCAAUAAAAAUAAAAAUAUCCCACUCACAUCCCAUUUCUCUUUGAACUAUUUCACACUUGCCUUGUUUGCAACAGGCUGUUUAUGUUAAUGUUAAACAAUUGUUGUGUAAGCGCCUAUACUUCGCCCUUUGCAGAAAUUUCAACCUGGUCUAUUUCUGCAUUGUGCUAUUGACAUUUAAAACAACAAUUUUAAUUCCUUACUCCCCAGGACAAUUUUUCUAUAAUGACAAAUCAUAAUUGAGUAUCAGUACAUUAAGGCGUGAGACGAUUAUUGUAACCAACUUGCAGAAACAGCUACCAACAGUUUAGGAAUGCAGCAGUUCUGCUGUGGCAAGAGCAGAGGUUGGAGGCAUCCUCCCUUUGAGAUGGAGUCUCUUCCUUUAACUGAUGAUUAACAAUGUAGUCACAGCGUAAUGAACCUGAGGAUCCUCCCAGCUCCCACACAAAUAAGAUGUUUUCAGAAGAGCAUAGAAGCUCUCCUGUUUGCACACCAGCAUUUUGUUUCUGACAGUGGCUAACAGAUGCCUCUGGAAAGUUUUGUAAAACUGUACCAGGGGUUAUUCCAGACUUGCUAUUUUUGGAUAGGCUUCAAUCACAUACCAGAAAAUUCAGGCUGCACAAUUAAAGUUGAUUGGGUGCUCUUGCACAACAAACCGACUCCCCACACACCAAAAAAGCUAGAAUUUUGGGAUAAGGGGAGUGAUGGGCAAUUGCACUGGAAAGUGUAUAAAAAUUUAUUUAUUAAAUGUAUAUAACUUUCUUAAUCCAAGGAUCACCGGGCAGUUUACAAUAUAAAAACACAGAAGUACAUAACGUAAUAAGAAACACAGCAAUAUCCCCCUGCCCCUCACCUUCUCCGGAGGAUUGAGGGAGCCCUCUGAACAUUGAGGGGGGGGCUGGCUCCUUAAAAAACAGUUCAGGGGACCCACAGUUCCUUGGCCCCCAGGAGCUGGCGCUCUUGCCCCACACAGUUCAAAAGGCCUGGGUGAAGAGGAAUGUUUUCCCCUGGCACCUAUAAAUAUGUAAUUUUGAAGGCGCCAGGCUUUGAAAUUCCUGCAGUAUCAUGCUUCAGCUAAAGGGCAAUUCCGCUUGCUCUACUCAUGUUCUCUGGGACACAUAUGCCUGCAAAUAUGCAUCUUUAUCCUAAGUAUAUCAUAUAGCAUUAAGAUCAGUGCAUUUGUUAAAGAAAAAAAAAGGUGCCAGUACUCAGUUUGGCUGGAUCAUGCCCAAUAUCCUUAUGGAAAUUAUGAAACAAUUGUUAUGCCUCCCUAUAAAACGAAAAGAAGAUCUUAUUAUGGAAAAACUGUUACUGAGCCAUCUUCAAUAAAAGCAUCCUGGGCACAUUGAAAAAAGCAGCUGAAUAACUUUGUAGGUGUAAAUAAAGCAUAUUAUGUAAGUUUCUACAAGUAGUUAGCAAGCAACACACAAGUAAAAUAUUAUCUGCUCAACGACUUUAUGAUUUCAGAUAACUUCUGAUGUGCAUGCGUUAGAUAUAUAUACACCACCUAUGUGUGAUGGGAGCAAACUGGUCCUGGGUGCCCUUUUCUCCAAAAUAUUGUCAAUAAAAGUCAUGUUCAAAUUAAUCAGAGUGUAACUGUAUAGCUACAGAACAGAAUGUUAUCUUUUCCAAGUAGAAAAGACUGGAUUGUUAAAUCUACAUUACACACACACACACACCAAACAUUAUAAGCAGAUACUCACAUAAACAGAAAGCUUGCAAGACAUACACAUAAUGUACAAUAGUAGUAUAGAGAACAGCUUGUAGCAUUCUGUUUACAUGUUUAAGAUAUACCAUACAACAAACACAAGCACACAUAUAUAAAGCCCAUGCUUUUUUUAAAUGCACAUCUCCAUUUUGUUUGUUUCUGCAGCAAAUACUUCCUCUCUUUCAAUAACACCUACCUUAGGCAUGGAUUUCCCAGGUUCCAUGUGCUCUUUAUAAGAAUCAAUUACUGUAUCAGUAACAGUACAUUGUCAACGAAUCUCCAGUCCUUACUCUCUGUACAAAAUCCGAUGGCUUCCUUAGUUGUCCUUCAGAUUUUCUAGACGCAUUCAGGCUAGGCUGUCUGGUUAUACCAGAUCAGGUAUAAUGCUUAAUUGGCAAGUAAAGAGCACGUGGUUUUGUACACUGCCGUAAAACUGUCUUUCAACAUUCAGAGAUCACAGAAGCUAAUGAAACAUGAAUAGGAUUUAGAAAGAUAAGAUUGUUGCGGCAGAAGCAACAGCCUCAGACCACCAAAUGAAUAAUGAGAUCCUAGGCAAGAUAAAUAAAUCUUACUUUUUUAGCACAGUGCGUAACACUAUCAUAAUUAUAAGUGUCCCAUAUUGUAAUAGGCAGAGAUUGGUUUUUACUGGUCAGUUGCUGCAACUCAUAUAUGUUAAGGAAAGAGAGCCAGUUGUCUGUAUAUGCCAUCUCCACCCUGACCAGCCCCCUUACCAACCGAAAGCAUUCCUCAGUGUCAAACUAGAUAUAAUGCUAAAUGUAUAAUUGCCAGUCAUGUCCCUGUGUGUUUUUAAAAUAAGUAAUCAACUUUUUGUGGGUUGAGGGCUGCAGCCCUUGGGGGAAAGUGGAGGUAGGCAGAGCUGUAACUACAGGGGGGGGAUUAUUCAGGUUGCUUGCCCCGGGCGAAGUCUCCAGAGGGGGCACAUUUGAGGCUCCCAGCCUGUGUGUGUGUACAUAAAAGUGCAUGGGGUGUGCCCAACUGGGUCUUUGACCUGGGUGAAAUAAAGCCUAGUUUCACCCCUGGUGGUGGGAGUCACAUAGCAGUCAGCAGCUAUCCAUUUCUAUUUCCCUCCUCAUGCUUGCUCUCAGCGGCGGAGGAAGCUGAUCAGGUGACUGGGGCAGCACGCGUGACCUGCACCCGUGGGGCGGGACCAGCAGCUUGUGGGGGUGGGGCCAGCAGCUCCAGGGAGUCUGCCUGCCUCCUCCUACUCAGCCACCCUACAGCUGAGGGCAUGGUGGCAGGCGGACUGUUUGGGGCAGCGCAGACCCUACGGGCGCCCAAGGCACUAUGUCACUCCUAGGAAUGACGCGUUGCUUGGGUGUGUUGCAGGCCUCGUGAUGAAUGCCGCCUGACAUUUUGUCACCCCCUCAGUGGUGACACCCAGGGUGGCCUGCCCCCACCACACCCCCUUCCUCCGCCCCUGCUUGUUCUCCCUCCCUCUCCCUGCCCCACCCUCUUCCCUGUGAGUCCCAGCCUAUUCAUCCAUUCUGCCCCCCACCCCACAAACAUCCAUUCGUACCACAGAAAAACACACAGGCCACCUCCUUCCCCCCACCCCACCCAGGUACUUUUGUAGCUUGGUCAGCUUCCACCUAGUUGAAACACCAUAUUCACUUCGCAGUUAAGCUGAGGUGUGUGCAUUUGAAACCAACAUUGUGCAUGUGCAGAUGAGACAGCUUCAUGAUUAGAAGUGGCAUGGGGUAGGGUUUGCAGGGAUGGGGAGACCAAACAGGUAAUGCACAUCUCUGCCCCGUCUCUGGUGUGCACAGAAACAUGCAAACAUGACUUGAAAUGCAACAGUGGCGGGGAAAACUUUUUUGGUUUGGUGGCCAUCUGUCAUGGAUGCUUUAGUUGAGAUUCCUGCGUUGCAGGGGGUUGGACUAGAUGACCCUAAGAGACCUUUCAACUCUAUAAUUCUAUGAUUCUAAGCCACUGAUGUGUACAUAGCCUCAGUCUCUUGGAACAGCACAAAGAAACCUAUAGUUUCCAUUUCAGUCUCCGCUUGUUGUCAGAAAUCUAAGUGUCAGGUUUGUAUACAGAUAUUUUCUGUUGGCCACAUCAGCAGAAUUGUUGUCACAUUUCUCUGCCACAGUGCACCCCCCUUUCAUUGUUUCUGUUGUUGUAUUCACCAUUAUUAAUAUGCAUUUACUAGCUUUGUAUAAAAGUACUUUUCUGGGAACUUGGGACUUUUUGGUUGCACAAGUACAAUAAACCUAUCUGUCAGGGCGGUUGCUGGCUACCCUUGAGCAACGACACUCCAAACCAUCUUGUCUUUAAUGCUUUUAUUGUGAAAGCUUUGGACAAUGCAAGAGCUUCAUGAAAACAUGUCUACUCAGUGCUAUCAGAUUCUCCCAAUGGCGCUUUUCGGCUCCUCCCCCAGCAGAGUAGUUUGGGGACCCCAAAUCUCCUCCCCCUUGGUUUGCGAGCCGUUGAUCGCCUCAGUUCCAGGGUGAAUUUGAAAGGACGCCCCUCUGCUGUUUCCCCGCUGGAACUUUCUGCGGCCCUUCCUUCCUCGCUGGUAUCACAUGCUGCAGGAAGGGCUCUUGUAUGCUGUGUGAGCCCUGGCCUGCUCAUCUCACUUCCUCCUUCCUUUCUCCUUCCCUUCCGCUGCUGUCCGAGCCGUUUGAGGAGCUGGAUUUGAUGGGGGAUGACUGCUCCCUGUAAGCCCACCCCCUUACACUAUCAGUUUACAAAUAGUACUGACAAUUAAAAGUAAUUCUUUACUCAGGGUGUCAGAAAAUUAAGAAAUUAAUUAAAGCAAUAUGUGAUGAGAUUAGGGCUUAUAGCAAAAAAGAAGAUAAACAACUUCUAUCCCCCAUUCCACUCUUACAAAUAUUCAUACUACCACAAAAAUUAUGCAGCUGCACAGAUCUCUCUGGUAACGUCAACAACAGAGUGCAUAGGCACUGCACAUCCUCUGUUGUUUUUAUUCAGUGUCUGGCAUUUAGGGGUGAACAUCUGUGCACAUACCGGUAAAAGUUAACUAAUAAGGCCAAUGUUCACUAACAUAGCUCUCCUACGAUGCUCAGUGGAACAUACCUCUCCUACGAUGCUCAGUGGAACAAAAAAUGUCAGUCAUAUCAGAACAGCUUACCUGUAUAUUCAUAUUGUUUACAUGUUUUCAAGCCAUUUUACUAGAAAUGACUGGUUGGCUGGGCCUUAAUUAGAUAUCUACAGCAACGUGCCUUAGAAAACAUUGAUCCGGCCAUGAUUAAGUCAUCUGUGCUCUGUAACUUAUGGACUGUCACUUAUGCAUGGUUUAUUCUAAUAUGCAGAUAGACACAUUUUGUGCUGUGUAGAAAAAGAAAAAGAGGAAGAGUGUGAAAUAAUUUUUUGUGCAGUUGGGCACAUGAGUGAACCAAAGAGAACUUGCCCCAAACCUGUAACUUGGCAUCCAAUGAAUUCUUCUUUUGUGUACCUAUUUUUUCCUUGCCACCAAUGAUUUCCUCAGCCUUGCAGUCUAUUUCUUCCUUUCUUUUGCUGAUAAUUUUCAUUUAACCACCCCCUUUUCUUCUGUUUACUAAAGGUUUGAGGAAGGGGAACUACUAUUGGGGGGGUAGUUUAGAAUAAGCCCUGCUGCACUCUGUCCUUGGUAAAUAGGCCUUAUUCCACCCACAUUCGUUGUAUCAAUGACACAAUGUGAUUUCUUCCAUUUCUAGGCUGCCUUUCUCCAUUAUAAAGGAGGACCCAUUAUAAAGGAGAAACCAUUAUCAAAUCCCCUGUAAUGGAAUGGACAAUGUCCAUUGGACAUACAGUGGUACCUCUACUUACAAAUUUAAUGCGUUCCGAACGCACAUUUGUAAGUCGAAAAAAAUUGUAAGUCGGAUCCCAUAGGAAUGCAUUGGGAGAAAAAAUUCAUAAGUCCUAUCUAAAAAUUCGUAAGUAGAAAAAAUCCUAUCUAAACAGCAUCCAAGAUGGCGGACGGAGCUCCAUUCGUAAGUAGAAACAUUCGUAAGUCGAGUCAUUCGUAAGUAGAGGUACCACUUUACUCAAUGUUAAGAGGCUUCAGUGGAUGAGCUACCCUCAGGAAUCAGUACCCUGACUGAGAUGCAGAAAGAAUCCCCACUAGGGCCGUGGUAAGCUCACAAGUCCUGCAGCAAGGAUGGGGAGCUGGUCCCCAGCCUGGCAUUGCUGGGCUUGAGCUCCCAUUAGCCCUGACCAUUGACCCUGCUGGUUGGAACAGAUAAGAAUUGGAGUCCAGCAAUAGUUGAAGAGUUGCAGUUUUCCCAUCCCUGUUCUGCACUAAACAUAAAUUUCUUCCUUGUACACUCACAUGUAUAAGAAUCUAUAUGUAUCAGAUGAAAAAAACGAAAUCUAUUUUGUAAUGCAAGAAUUCUUACUAAAGUAAUAUUGAAUAUACCUACAAAGAAUCUUUAAAACAUGCUGAGAGUCUUGUCCCCCCUUCAACAAAAAUCUGAAAUAACACACCCCUCUUUUUGUAUUAAGAAUAAACAUUCCAUUUAAUUGCAUAAAAGUACACCUGAUUAAAAACAAGUACACCUUUAUUAACUGAUUAAAAACAAUUUAUUUUAUUUGAACACAAAGAGUAAUAAUGGCUAUUUUUGAUGCAAAGUAGUAAUAAAGCAAGAUGACUUCAUUAUAUAGCAUAAAAAUAUAAAAUAUGCAAUUACAAAGUAGUAAUGUAGGUAAAAACGUAUUCCACAUUAAAAAUCUGAAAAAAAAUAUGUACUUCACAAUUUUAAACACAAUGUGCAAAGUUAACUAAUGUGGUAUUAACCUCCAAAGUCUGCAAAAUAUAUAGAAAGUGUAAUGUUAAUUACAUUGCAUACAGACCUGGGAAUGAAGGCAGCCAAUGGCAGUGAGGACUGAACUCCAAAUACAGCCCUCUGCUCAUUCCAAUUUUUUUAAGACCCAGGAGAGGCAGAAGCAAAGCACUAUGUUGUAUCUCCCUUGGAAACUGAGAGAUCACAAUGAAAAAUGCUAUUUAUGUAAUGGUUAUUUGAAUUUCCUUGAUCCGUUUUCAAAAGGGAGAAGAUAAACAUACAAAACAUACUGUAAUGUGGCAAAUGACUUGUAGAUUAAAAAAUAUAUCAGAAACACAUUUUACAUUCAUUUUAAAAUCCUGCGUUUAAUGUUCAAACUCAAGCUCAGCCUCUGCACGCUUUCAUAAAGGGCGAGUGAUCCCCAUAAACCACUUUACUUGUAUUAAGCAUGCCAAAACAUUAGGAAGGGCAAACAAAGAAUGCCCCCAAAACGGUUCAGAGUAAGCUGUUUCAGGACCCUCUGGGAUUAUCAACCGUUCAUCUGCUCUUUCCAUACAGUACCGUACUUUAAAGCUCCAUGUCGGAGCAGCCCUUAUUUUUUUGCUGCGGAGUUUUCCCUAUGAAAACCUGCAUUUUAGCACUCAAUCAAAGCAAACUUCAACCCACUGAAAGCCUGAAUUGACAUGUGCACCGAUUGAGUGCUAAAGAGUGGAAUUUUGCAGGGAAAGCUCCAGGGCAAAAACCACACAUGCUUGGAGACAGAGUUUUAAAGCACAGCCUGUGUCUGGAAAGAUAAUCCCUCACAUGAAAAGCUUAACUGUCAGCAGAUUUGAAUGAUUACCGGUGUCUGUGGUGAAAUAGCAGUUGGCACUAACUAAUAAUAUAAUUACCGAUACAUCUAUUUAGUUCAUCCAAAUUAUGGUUCUUGUUGAGGGUCACUAUUAAUAGAAAAAUUAGAUUUUUAAAAAAUGACACAAAUAAAAUCAACACUGAAGCUAGGAAAAGAUAUUUCAGGUUUCAACUCACAGUUCAUUUCCCCCUCAGGAAUCACUCAGGUUUCCCAGGUUCCUUAGAACAUUCAUCUAAAAGCAGCGUUAAACUAAACACUGUGCUAUGAGGAUCAAGAACUUUCACAAGUGGUAUAUCAACCUUUUGUUCAAGAUAAAUUAGAUUGUGCAGAGUCAUGGCCAACAUGGAAUCUAUGCCAAGGGACAAAAGGGGUGUAUUCACUUCAAUGUCACUUGGAUCUGUACUAGUGAGCUGACUCACCAAUGAUAUGAUAUAGUCUUCAGAUUUUAGUGCAGCCAAAUCCUUGGGCAUGGCUUGUUCAAAAAGCUCAGCCUGACUGCCAAAUUGUUCUAUCAUAAUAGUAUGCAUGCGACUUCUGAUUGCUGGAAUUUGACGAUAGUAAUGGUUGAGCAUUGUUUUGAAGUUCAGCUUCACCACAGCUUGCUGAGGGUGGUUCAGGGUUAAGCUUGUUUUAAGAUUCUCAUAGAUCUCAUCCACUUGUAGAAUUGAUAUACCCUUUGAUUCCACCAAUUUUUGAAGUUGAUUUUGAUCUUCUAGUAGUCCCAGAUUCAAGGCACCCCAGUUGAUGGAUUGUCCUGACAGUCCAGAGUUUCUUCUGAAUUGGCAGAAAAGGUCCAGGAAGGAAUUGGCAGCAGCAUAGUUUGCUUGCAAUGAACUUCCAAGAAAGGAAGCAACAGAUGAAUAACAUACAAAAUAAUCAAGAGCCUGUCCCUGAGUGGCAUGGUGCAGAUUGAUGGCACCAGCAACCUUUGGGCUUAAAACUUUCUCAAAGCUAGAUAGGGUCAUAUUUUCAAUGCGCCCAUCAUGCAAAACCACAGCACUGUGGAAAACACCUUUGAUUGGACACUUUGGAAAGAUUUUGCUGAUUGAACUGAUUGCUUUCUCAACCUCAGGCCAAAAAGUCACAUUGCACUGCAGACUGAUGAUAUUGCUCCACUUGUUCUGAAUCUGCAAAUCACUUAUUUCCUUCUGCUUUUCAAUGCUGGGCUUUCUCCUUGAAAGGAUCGCGAUGCAUCCUCCUCCAUUUUGAGCAAUAAAUCUAACAGUUUCAUAGCCAAGCCCAGUGAGUCCUCCUGCGACUAUGUAAACAGCAUUCUGCUUAAACAUCUUCCGCUUUGCUUCAUGCACUGGUAUGUCAGAAAUAUGCCUGUUCUGCCCAUUGCUUUUCAGCACAGCAAAUGAGACAGCCUUACAGGUAAAGUAGGAUGUUAUUGUGUCUAUGCUCUCACUGUUUUCUGUCUGCUGAAAAACGGAAAAAGGCAAGUCCUUGAAUUGCCUGAGUGGCAUUGAUUUCAACCAGUUACUGAAAGGCUUGUGGAAAUGUUUCAGCGAUGAUUUCUGAAAAAUGGCUGCAAGACUGAGAAUACGAAUUUGAAAGUUUUCAUGACCACUUCCAAUUAGAGUUCGCAAGUGUUCAGAAUGGUGGUUCCCAUCGAUUACCACAACAUCCUGAAGAUGUGAAAGACGGACUAAGACAUCUUUGGGUAAUCUUUCUAGGAAGGGCAGAAAGACAAGGGCAUUGCAUUGAGCUACUCUUUUUUCCAGGCUGCUGUCAAGUGCUGUACAUAAGGUGUUCCAGCCCAAUUCCCGAGCUGACAAAGCAAGCACUUUACACAAAACCGACUGUGGUUCAUCAGAAAUAAUGCCUAAACAUCUAUUCCGUUUCAUCUUUGGUAACAUCUGGUGCAAAAUUUCCCAUCCUAUCCUGAAGAAGGAGACACAGGGUACAGUUUGAAAGCAUGGAAAUUUCUGGGUUUUGAAACACACUGCUUCUGGAAUCCUGAUUCUUGAAGAUGCAGCCACUGGGUAGCAUGAAACAAUAUGAUCUCCCACUUUGAUCUUUUUUACAUCACUGCCUGUUGCAACCACCGUCCCACUGUAGUCCAGAGCCAAGAACUUGUAUUUAUCAAUGGUCUGUGAAUUCCAGUAUAAUGUGUUUCCAAAGUUACAGCUGGAAACACUAACAGGAUAAUAGUCUUCAGAAUGGAUACAUAUUUUCUCAACUUGCACUUCAACGUUGUGAUUAUCAAGAGAAAUAUCAAUGUGGUCAGCUGGCUCGGCAAUUAGAUGUCUUACUUCAUGAGGCUCAGAAGUGUAAAAAGUUGACAGCUCAGACUCUUGAAGAGACUGGGAAGGAUCAUUAUAGGACAUAUCAUUAACCUGUGUGCAUCUAAUUUCAGAAGUGUAAAUUCUCCCCUGAUUAAUCCAGACUUCAGCAUAUUUAUCUGCUUCAUAUUCUACUAAAACAUCUGCUAAAAUUGCUAUGUCCCUUGUACUUGUUGAACCGAUAUCAAUAAUCUGAAAUGUGAUUUCAGUAGCUUCAAGAAUGCAGGAUCUUACCAUGCCAUACAAAGCCAAGCCAGGGUUAAUGUGGUCUACAUUCCUGCCUGUUGCUCUAUACGUAAUUAUCUUGAUGGAACCACGACUGUUCUUCUCCCUCAAUGCAAUGACAAGUUGCCGGAAAGCUUCACAACAUUUGGAUAAGCUUGCAACAACACUCUCAGGAUUUUCUCCAUUUAAUCUUUGAAUUCCCCACAUAAACAAAACAUCACUGUAGUCUUGUACAUCUAGCCUAAUUUUGUCCUGAGCAGCUGAAUUUGAGCUUCCUAGCACCAGUAAUCGCUCCCAGUCUUCAUACAUCAAAAACCUAGAAUCUUUAUGUAAAUAUUUUUUUAGCUGUUGAGAAACACCAGUUUUGUCAGCAAACACUGCAGCUCUGGGCACAUCUCCUGAGGUUUGGAUAAUCCAGGAAGGGGUUACCUCUUCCCACUGAUUUUCAAAAAGGAAAUCACCACCACUAUUGGACGUUCUCUUCAGAAGAGUGAUCCCAACACGUUUAAUCUCAACCAAAACAGAGCCUUGUUUAUCUGUGAAGCAUCCACAAAACUCUACAUAGUUCUCAGUAGACUUACUUGUUUUCAGAUAUAUCAUCAUUUCCUCUUCCAAAGGUCGGACAAUUACAAGGCUGCCUAUGUUGGAAGGAAACCCUGUACAGUUGUUCCUGGUUUUUGUGGUCAUCACAGCAGUCAUUUGCAGAAAGCAGUCUAAUAUCACUGGGUGAAUAAAAUACUUGUGCAGUUCUUCCCUGGUUUGUUCGUUCACCUUAAUGGUGGUUAUGGCUUCCUUCAGUUCUUCACAAUAAAACAAAUCACAUAGCUGCUUGAAUACUGAAUCAUACUGAAAUCCAAAACGAGAUAAUGCUUCGUAUAUUUCAUCCUUUCUGACAAUUGAUUUACACCGCUGAGAAACAUGUCUAUAUGAAAUGUGAUUUUCUUCAAGAAAGGUUUCUUGGUUCCAUGUGGUCUGUCCAGAUGCAUAUACCGCGCCAGAUGAGGACAGUAUUUUGAAAUAUUUUGUUUCCUUUUGUGAUACCACUUUUAGCUUCAAAUCAUGAGAAUUUUCACUUAAAACACAAGGCGAUUCAAACUUCACGCUCAUCUGAGACAAACUUAAGGGCUCCUUCCUUCCUGAGCUAGCCAUCACAGCUGACAAAGCAAGUUCAACAAAAAAGGCACCAGGAACCAGAGCAACACCAUUGAGCUUGUGCUCGUACAGAUAUGGAGUCACUGUUUGAGAUAUGGAAUACUUGAAUUCUGAACUGUCAUUGCUGACAUUAUGAAUUGACAGGUGGUUUGUGUUCGGCUUGGUUUGAGUUGGCUGCUGGAGCACGUUUAAAAAUGACAUGAGCUUCUUGUGAUCAAAUUGAUACCUGGGAUAGGCUGCUGGUACACUCUGAUAUCCUGCAUAGAUGUGCUCCCAAUCUGGAUUGACUCCCAAUUCAAAAAGGCCUUUAACAAGUGUGAGAAGUGUCAUAUACUCUUUGUCAAGGUGCAAGGAAGGAAAAACUUUAGCUUGUGUCCCUAAUGCUUCAAUUAUAUAUCUUUUCAGUGCACUCUGGGGACCAAUUUCCACAAAUACAGGAUCAUCUCUGCUUUUUGCUGCAGUUGUUAUAGCCUCUGCAAAAAAAACAGGAUCCCGAAGCUGUCUGGCCCAGUAGGUACCUGUAACAAAAUCACCAUCUGAAACGGCCUUCCCUGUUGCUGUGGAAAUUAGGUCAAUCUCUGGCUUCCCUUUCUUCAAUUCUGAUAGAUUUUCUACUACCUCAGUUAGUACUGGAUCCAUCAUUUGGCUGUGAUAUGCAGCUGGCACAUUUAAAACAUGAAGAAAGAUGUUUCUUUUACUGAAGUGCUCAGCCAGAUCUUUCUGAAUGGCGUGGACAGACGCUUCAUCUCCUGAUAAUGUGCAAGACAAAGGACUGUUAAACGCUGCAACGCAGACUUUCCCGGAAUAUUCACCAAGGGCUGCUGACAACUCCGCAACGGGAAUGUUGCCAACCACCAGCAUUCUCCCUCCAGUGACUUUAGCCUGCAGCCUGCUCCUGUGGUAGAUGACUUUGAUAGCAUCUUUCAGGGAAAUCAGUCCAGCACAAUGGGCAGCAGCUACUUCGCCAACUGAAUGGCCAACAGCAGCAAUUGGCUUAAUGCCCCAGUGUCGCAGGAGUGUAACCAAGGCCACCUGCAGUGUAAAGAGCAAGGGCUGGGCAACUUCAGGCCUGGACAAAUCUUUGUAUUCAUUUUCUUUUGAUUUUAGGAUUCCUGUGGGAAGGUAUUCUAGAAACAGCCUUUCUAUUUCUUUGCAUUUGUCUCUAAACACUGGCUCAGACUGUAGCAAUAUCUCAGGUAUCCCUUUCAGACCCAGACCGUUACCACAGAAUACAAAAAUUAACUCUGGCGGUUUCUUCAGCGGAGCUGUUUCCAAUUCAGCCGCAGGGGAAAGCUGUUGCUCUAGUUUCUGUAGUGAAGAUGCCACAAAGGCUUUUCUGUACUUAUAGUUUAUAUGGCUUCUUCUACAAGCUGAUGUAUAGGCCAGAUUUGGGAGUGUUACAGAAUCACUUGUGCUGAUGUGUCUAGUUGUGUCUUCUAUCGCCUGUUUGAGAGAAUUUCCUGAAGCUGCCGAAAUGACAAAUAAUUCGAGAGGCCUUCGGACUGGAGAAAUGACCUGGGUUUGUUUAAACUGUCUGACAACCACAUGGGCAUUGGUGCCCCCAAAUCCAAAACAGUUGAUCCCAGCAACUCUGCCGAAAUCACUGGACUCCUCCCACUUCUCCACUGUUGUUGGGAUGGAGAGAUUCAAUUUCUCUGUAUUUAUGCUGCUGGUGCUCUCUGAAAAGUGCAAGGAUGGGACUAUCUUCCCAUGGUGCAUCAUGAGAAGAACUUUGAUUAAGCUUGCUGCCCCAGCAGCUGACUCUGUGUGCCCAAUGUUCCCUUUAACGGAGCCAAUCUUGAGAGGGGGCAGAUUAGGAGACCUAUUUUUACCAAUGACAUUACUUAAGCUCUCUGCCUCAACAGGAUCUCCUGCAGGUGUCCCUGUGCCAUGUGCUUCAAUAUAUUGCACAACAGAUGGAUCAACACGAUCUGGGUAGAUGCUGAGCAGCAACUUCUCCUGUUCCUCUUGAGAUGGUCUGGUGAUCGGUGUGACAGAUCUUCCAUUCUGGUUGACUGCACUCAUGCUGAUGACACCCCAUAUUUUGUUGAAGUCUUCCUGCGCCUAUUUUAAAGAAGAUGAAAAGAGGUAAAGAAGAAGAAGAAGAGUUUGGAUUUGAUAUCCCGCUUUAUCACUGCCCGAAGGAGUCUCAAAGCGGCUAACAUUCUCCUUUCCCUUCCUCCCCUACAACAAACACUCUGUGAGGUGGGUGGGGCUGAGAGACUUCAGAGAAGUGUGACUAGCCCAAGGUCACCCAGCAGCUGCAUGUGGAGGAGCGGAGACGUGAACCCGGUUCCCCAGAUUACGAGUCUACCGCUCUUAGCCGCACACCACACUGGCUCUUCUUAAAGUUGGGAUGACAAACACAGCCAGUCCCGUUUCUAUACUCAUACCUUCUUUAACGAUUUCAGCAAAAUAACUCCACAACCUUCUCCCCGUCCAUAGCCAUCGGCUUUUAUAGAAAAGGGUUUGCUGACUCCUUCAGGGGAUAGCAUCUUUGCUUUACUAAGAGCUACGAAGACCUGUGGUUCCAUUAUGCAGCUCACUCCUCCACAAAGAGCAGCUUCGCAGUCUCCUGUAGGGUAAAAUAAUGAAUGCAUUUCUGUUCAGCAUGAGGCUCAGUAUUUAGUCUUCUGAAAAGAUUACAUUGGUAUACAAACACACACAUCUACCUGCCCCUCCAAACUUAAGGGUAUUCUGUUAAAGGGAUCCGGGGGUGUGGAUCUUGUCUGAAGCCCAGGGCAGGGCUUGGGCCAUGGUUGACUCUUUCCGGACUCCCUGCGUGAGGGGCAGGAGUCAGAUAAAGUCGGGUCAAUCCAAUGCAUAAGCGAAUACCGCUCACAUUCUGUAACCAAUAAAGUUGUGGCCUAAACUCGCCCAAUAACAUUUAACCUAAUAUCUGUGUCCUUGUGCCUCAUUCAUCAAUGAGGAGGUGGUCUCGACACACAACAGUAAGUCUCUCAUUGUUUCUGGGGGCAAAUCUGUUGUUCUCUUUAAAAUGUUCUAGUGUGAGUAAAGCAAAUGUCUACAUCUUGUCACUAAAUUAAUAUAAAAUUAUUUCCCUAACUUAUGGUUAGCUAUAUCAUUCCUAUAAGCUCUUUUCUCUCUCACUUCCAUUCAAUGCUUGCCUAUUGGAGUUUAUGGUCUGUGAGGCAACAUCCCUAAAUUACAAAAUGCACCCUGUGUGACAUGACAUAAUAUAACUGGUCCGCAAUAAGCAUAGUGUAAGGAAUAAAUCCCAGAAUUAUACUUUGAAAUAUGUCAGUCUUAUUUGUGAGUGCCUGUGCCUGUGGCCUUCAGAAGGCUGGGGGGUUGGGGGGGGGAGGCUUUCACAACAUACUAACUUCAGACCUUUCCAGAAACAUAUCCCAAUAUUUUACUGUGCCUUGCAACUCAUGCUGCUAGUUGGGGAAUAAAAUAUGAGAGCCAAUAUCGCAUGGAGUGGGGACUUGUUUGCCACUUUGAGGUCCUUAGAGGAAAGGAAAAAUAUGAACGAAUGAAAAACUAUUAGAUCUAAUUACCUUGUUUAAUUGCAUGCAAAGCAAAGUGCAAAGCAUAAUUAAAUGAGGAGCAAGCCGUGUCGAUAGCAACCGAUGGCCCAGUCAGGUUAAAUGUAUAUGAAAUCCGGUUAGCAGCUAUGCUCAUUGCUGUCCCAGUGCCAUCAUAGUGGCUUGCUUCAGUGACGUUUCUGCCACUCAUUAGCCUGUAGUCUUGAUUCAUCAUACC